GUGCGAUCUUUCCUGCGGUUCGCUGCUAGUGCCUGUCUGGACGGCGCGAGGUACCGCAUUCAUACUCCCCUUGCUUGAGUCAAAGGAACAUCUUUUCGCACUGGGGUUAGCAGCGAACAAGCAUCGCUUUAGCCAAGCGCCAUGAGAUUGUAGAUCGUGUUGGACGCAGGGAGCACGGGUUCGUUGAUGCUGGCGUCCGGGAUAACGGUUGCGCGAGGUACGACCGUUGUUGAUACUGCCCAGGUGGGGUGCCAUGAGCGCCUUCCUUGAGCACUGAGAGACCAUGGCCACCUUCCUGCGAUGAAGCUUCUUUCCCCAUCACUCAGAUCAGGCCUUCCAAAAUCGCAGUUGUACACAGUAUCUACCCAACAGGUCUUUUCUGGCUCUGCUUGUCACCAACCGUCCUGCAUCGAUAUUCUUCGAUGACCGCGGCGUCCAUCGAAUAUUAUUACUCAGUUUGAUCUUAACUUCGAUCAGCACCCGACACUAGAGGUACUGAUAUGUUGUCGCUCGUCCCAGCGCGGAAGAGAAAAGAAGCCCAUAACCCGAUACAACUAUCUCGUGAUAAAGGCAAGGUCCGCGUCAUCGAGCGAUCAGCAGAAGGGUACUCCAGCGGCUCCGCGAAGAACCUACAGGGGCGCAACAGCACCCCUGCUAGCCGUACCUUUACUACACUUCGUCGCGGAAGCAUCAGGAUCUUCUCAAUCUUCCGCAAUGGCAAGAGUUCCGCUCCAAGCUCCGGCGAGGCUACCUUUGGUAGCACUGGAUCAACAGCCAUCAAACCAGCAGACGUACCACGUGCCGAUAAUAACAAUUCCUACUCCAACUCUCCUCUACAAUGCCCUGUCAUUCCCGAUGUACCUAUGACUCUACCAGCUCUCUCCCUAGAUCCAGACUCCUCAUCGUUACUCCAACUCACAAAUGCCGCCGUCUUCGAUGGCGAGUCAGAACCUAUACCAAGAACUCGCACUCCACCUCCCACACCCAUGACAACAAGUUGGUCGAUGCCAAGUCUCUCGCAGCAGCUCACCACCAAGCUCUCCAACGCCCUGAUGAACAACGAUACGGUAGUGCGUCGACGCAAGCUAAGCUCUAGGCCAAUCGUUCGAACGGACCAUUUCAAGCAUCCAAGCGAUGACCAGCGAACUACCACCUCGCCCAAAAGCCCCAUGUCAGAGGUCCCUUCUCUUCCAUCAAGUGUCCUAAGCCCCUCCAGCAGCGUCGCACCGUUGAGUCAGUCCACUGCACCGACAUCGCUGGUCUCAUCAGGCGCGCUGCUGUCCGCUGAAACCACCUAUCGAACCCAGAACGGUCGCCAUGUAACCGACAAUCAACCUGCGCUCUAUUGCGAGGCGACCCCAGAGCGUUUACCUUCACGAUUCCUUGUCUUCCCACGUCAAGACGCACCGCGACUGUGUGAGCCUUCCAUUGCGACUAUCGAGAAUGCAGCGGCGGCGAAGAUCUUCUUCGAGUCACACUUCAACCAGCUUCUCGGUACCAAGGUCACACCACGAUCUAUGCGUCGCCGCCAGAUGGAGCGCAAGGUUUUCGCUAUGGCGAUACCCAACGAGCAACGUCACUGCAAAAGGCGAGAAUAG